UUGACUGCGCCUUACAACUGAAAGAAUCAGGCAAAAGCCAGCGAUGGUUUCACUUACUUGCAGUCACAAUUAGGCAGCAGGGAUACAUUGCAAUGCAAUGGUGCUUGUCACACAGAGCUUCUCUCCUUGUCCUUAUUUGUAUAAUGCAUUUUUAUUUCUCCUUUAAAGGAUUCUGAUUCUUUCAAAUAAAAAACAUCAGCUCUGCAAAAGAAAAAGCCACAAGCUGCAGUUUUUCCCAGCAAAACCCACUGAGCUCAUUGACUGAUGCUAAAGCAAAGGAGAUUCAGAGUCUGCAAGGGACACUGCUUAGGAGGUCAGUAGUUGGGCUCUAUCCCACCCCUUCUUAAUGAGAUCCAUUGGAUAGCCUUUCUCCAAAAAUCUAGAGCUCCCAAUGAGAUGAGGAGAGAAAGUCCUUGAUCCAAGAACUCGGAAAUCUUCAACUUGGAAGGGAAACAGAGCAGCACUCUAACUUCACCAAACGUGAUGAAACGACUGCAGCAAAACAACAAGAAGGAAAGAGGCGGCAUAUGUGUGAAUCCGUUAUACAAGCUGAUGGAAGGGUUUUAGUUUGGUUAUCAGCUGCCUCCUGUGAUAUCUGAAGAUAUGGAGCAGCCUUUCUCAGUCUCAUCUUUGAAGAAGCUAGUCGCCAUGCCGGAUCAUACGGAUGUUUCCCUGAGUCCAGAGGAGCGAGUACGGGCCUUGAGCAAACUGGGCUGCAAUAUAACCAUCAAUGAGGACAUAACUCCUAGGCGAUAUUUCAGAUCUGGGGUAGAGAUGGAACGGAUGGCGUCAGUUUAUUUGGAGGAGGGGAAUCUUGAAAAUGCAUUUGUUCUCUACAACAAAUUUAUUACGCUUUUUGUUGAAAAACUUCCUGGACACAGAGACUAUCAGAAAUGUGAAAUCCCAGAAAAACAGGAUAUUUUAAUGAAAUUGAAGGAGGUUGCAUUUCCCAGAACUGAUGAACUAAAAAAGGAUCUUCUAAAGAAAUAUAAUGGAGAAUAUCAGGAACACCUGCAAGGUGUUAACAAAAAGAAAGCAGAAUGCCUUAAGAAACUGGAGCAGCAACAGCUCAUAGAAGCAGAAAAGAAACGCAUCGCUCAACUUCGACAGCAGCAGAUAGCAUCUGAGCAGUUUACAUUUUUUGAAGACCAACUCCGGAAACAGGACUUAGUGCGAGAUCAGCAGAAAAAUAAAGAGACUUCCAAGGUGCCUGAGCAAAUCGACGGCAGCAUGAUGACUUGCAUUAACUCUCCUAAAACUAAAGUCGCGGGAAAGGCCGUAAGGAAUGACGCAGCCAUCUGUACUGGACAGUCACCCCCUGUAAAUAGGGCAUUAAAAGCAGCAGCUUCCUUAAGUGCUGUGCAGAAUGAAAUUGUGGAAGGCCUCCGACUUGUUGUUUUGCCCAUUGACCUUUCACAUAAAUUUCUGCAACUGGCUGCCGAUAACACAACCCGCGGAAUUGAGACUUGUGGAAUUCUUUGUGGUAAACUGACCCACAAUGAAUUCCUGAUCACCCAUGUAAUCGUACCAAAGCAGUCUGCAGGACCGGAUUACUGCGAUAUGGAGAACGUGGAGGAGUUAUUCAGCGUGCAGGACCAACAUGACCUGCUAACUCUGGGAUGGAUUCAUACGCAUCCGACACAGACUGCUUUCUUAUCCAGCGUUGAUCUUCACACUCACUGCUCCUAUCAGCUCAUGCUACCAGAAGCCAUCGCUAUUGUGUGCUCUCCAAAGCACAACGACACGGGGAUAUUUCGCCUGACUAGUGCCGGAAUGCUGGAAGUAUCUGGAUGUAAAAAGAAGGGCUUUCACCCACACAGCAAAGAUCCCAGGCAGUUUAGUACCUGCAAACAUGUGAUUGUAAAAGAAACAGCAAUUACCGUAUUGGAUCUCAGGUGAUAAUGACUGCUGAGCACAGUUCUUGCCCAUGGACAGUUGGAUUAGAAUGUGUCUGCCAAUUUUCUUACACCAUUUCCAGAAAUAACUAGUGAAUUUUUCUAAUUUAUACAUUUUAAAUGUUAUGAUUUCAUAUUUAUUGCUCCUACACAUUUUGAGAUGAUUAAUUUCUGUGACAAUACAGGCUACUAAAGCAAACUUGUACCAUCUUGUUUAUGUGUAUGUAGAACAACAACGGAGAGGCCUGGGAUUAAAAAAAUAAUCAUUUAACAAACAA